UAUGUGAAUUUUAUGAAGAACAGCUGUUGAACCAAAUAUGGCUGCUAUAAGGAAUGGUUUGUUAAAAUGUUCAAAUUUUCUUUCAAGUAAUACAAAUUUUAUAGCCUAUAACUUUCAACAAAUACGUAAUAACAAUAUUGGUCGCUGGAUGAUUCGUGAUAAUAAACGAAGAAAAUUGAUAGAAAAAUAUGCACCUGAACGAUUACGAUUAUUAGCUAUGAAAAGGAAUGAUAUUUUACCAGCUGAAUUACGGGAAGUUGUUAGUAAAGAAAUAGAUGAAAAAAUUCCUCGUCAAACUGCUUUAAGACAGAUACAAUCACGUUGUAUAUUAACUUCUCGUCCACGUGGUAAUGUUCUGAGGUGGAGAAUAUCACGAAUUAUGUUUCGACAUUUGGCUGAUUAUAAUAAACUAUCUGGUAUACAACGUGCAAUUUGGUAGAAAAGUAAAACUUUAUGUUAGUACUUUCACUCAUAGUACUUUCAAAAUAAUUAUGAAAUAAAUACAAAAUAUUUUAAUUAUAGUAAGAUAAAAGAUUAUUAAAUAAAUAUAACGAUUAGUAAAAAGAA